CUCGUUCAUUAUUAAGCCAAACCUGCUUUCUCUCUCUUCAUUUCAACCAUGGAUAUCCCAAUUCUACCCUUCUCCUUCUUCGUCAUUCUCGUCACCUACUACCUCUACCGCCGUUUCCGGUUCAAGCUUCCUCCCGGUCCACGUCCACUUCCCGUCGUCGGAAACCUCUACGACAUCAAACCGGUCAGAUUCCGGUGUUUCUACGAAUGGGCUCAAGUCUACGGUCCUAUCAUUUCCGUUUGGUUCGGUUCCACCUUGAACGUGGUCGUUUCCAACACGGAAUUGGCUAAGGAAGUGUUGAAGGAGAAGGACCAACAGUUAGCCGACCGACACAGAAGCCGAUCGGCGGCCAAGUUUAGUCGGGAUGGUCAGGAUUUGAUUUGGGCUGAUUAUGGUCCUCACUAUGUUAAGGUUAGAAAGGUUUGUACUGUCGAGCUUUUUACUCCAAAGAGACUCGAAGGUCUCAGACCCAUCAGAGAAGAUGAAGUCACUGCCAUGGUUGAAUCCAUCUUCAUAGAUUGCAACAAUCCUGAGAACAAAGGAAAGGCUUUGUUGGUGAAGAAGUAUUUAGGUGCGGUUGCAUUUAACAACAUAACAAGGUUGGCAUUUGGGAAGAGAUUUGUGAAUGCAGAAGGGAUUAUGGAUGAACAAGGUCUUGAAUUCAAGGCUAUCGUCUCCAAUGGUCUGAAGCUGGGCGCAUCCUUAGCCAUGGCGGAACACAUUCCUUGGCUAAGAUGGAUGUUCCCGUUGGAGGAGGAGUCAUUCGCCAAACACGGCGCCAGGAGAGACAACCUCACCCGAUCGAUCAUGGAUGAACACACAGAGGCUAGGAAGAAAGGCGGGGCUAAGCAGCACUUUGUUGAUGCUUUACUCACUCUUCAAGAUAAAUAUGAUCUAAGUGAAGACACCAUUAUUGGUCUUCUCUGGGACAUGAUCACGGCUGGAAUGGACACGACUGCCAUAUCAGUAGAAUGGGCGAUGGCGGAGCUGAUCAAAUACCCUCGAGUCCAACAGAAAGCGCAGGAAGAGAUGGAUCGAGUAAUCGGAUCAGGUCGGGUUAUCAACGAGACGGACUUCUCGAACCUCCCUUACCUCCAAUGUGUGGCGAAAGAGGCAUUGAGGCUACACCCGCCCACUCCGUUAAUGCUCCCUCAUCGGGCAAAUGCAGAUGUCAAGAUAGGCGGUUACGACAUCCCCAAAGGAUCCAACGUUCACGUCAACGUCUGGGCAGUGGCUAGGGAUCCUGCGGUUUGGAAGAAUCCAUUGGAAUUCAGACCGGAGAGGUUUCUUGAGGCGGAUGUUGAUAUGAAGGGUCAUGAUUUCAGGCUGUUACCUUUUGGUGCGGGAAGAAGAGUCUGUCCUGGGGCUCAAUUGGGAAUCAAUCUGGUAACGUCGAUGCUGGCGCAUCUUCUUCACCAUUUCUCGUGGUUCCCGCCGGAAGGAAUGACGCCGGAGCAGAUUGAUAUGUCGGAGAAUCCUGGAUUGGUUACUUAUAUGAAGAAACCUUUAGAGGCGAUUGCUAAACCACGAUUGGAUGAUGCAGAUUUGUUCAAACGCAUCCCUUACGAAGAAAUGUAGUUUUUGAUUUUCGAUUUCAUUCUUUUGAAUUUUCAAAGAAAGUUGUUGUAUCAGCUCUACGGAUUUCAGUUACUGCAAUAUAUAAUAUGAACUA